UUAUUUUAUCUAUUUAUUUAUAAUUUAUCCAAAAUAAUUCAUAAAUGGAAUAUUCGGUCCACCCUUAAAAAGAUUUCGUUAAAGUUAAAAAAUUAAUUCACCAAGAGACUAUAUUUAGAUGAGUUAUAAUAUUGAGGGAUGAAAAUGAGAUAAUAGAGGCAUAAAGGACUAAAGCGGGAGUAAAUAAUAAAAUGAUGGACUCAAGUGAAAUUUGGCCAAUUUUUUUACUAAUACAAAAUUAUUGAAGCAAUAAUCUUACAGAUCAGCAUGCAUGGAACCAAGACUGGUGGGGCACGCGCCAAAUACUAAUCUACUCCGGGUGCAACUUAAAAAUUGAACUUUUAAUCUUUUAAGGAACAACGUACAACCCCAAACAGCACGCGUACUACUUCCACAGAUAAACCGCGUAGCAGGUAAUUAUUGCUCGGCAGCUUAACAACAAUUGAGUUCCAUCGACGAAAACGAAGAGACGAUCAAUCCGAGUCGUCGUCGGAAUCCAAAGAGAGGGAAUCAUGUCAUCAGACUUCGCCGAUUCGUUCAGCGGAGCCUCAGCGCGUUUCGGCUACGAGCCGCGGCUCUCCUCGCAGCGCUUUGACUCGGCUCGUUUCGAGUCGUUUCUCGACUACGCUGAAAGCGAGUGGAUGAGUGAGGGAGGUUUAGAGGAGGACUCGCCGUCUUCCGGCAGCGGCGGUGCGGUGCUUCCACCUCCGACAGAUCGCGAUUUUUCAGGUAACGAACCUCCUCCGGCGGCGGAGGGUUUUGCUCUGAGAGAGUGGAGAAGGAAAAACGCGCUUCGAUUAGAGGAGAAGGAAAGAAGGGAGAAGGAAAUGGUUAAAGAUAUAAUCGAGGAAGCCGAUACGUAUAAAACAGAGUACUCCGAUAAAUGGAAGAUUCGGUGCGAUAACAACAGAGCAAUCAACAGAGAAAAGGAAAAGUUGUUUCUAGAAGGAAGAGAGAAGUUUCAUGGUGAAGCGGAUACAAGUUACUGGAAGGCGAUUGGCGAACUUAUACCAAAAGAAAUUCCGACAAUCGAAAAGAAGGGUAAGAAGGCGAGUAAAGCUUCCAUUGUUGUUGUUCAAGGCCCUAAACCAGGGAAACCGACUGAUUUGUCGCGAAUGCGUCAAAUUCUCGUAAAACUCAAACACCAACCACCCAGUCGUAUGGUUUCGCCGAAACCUCAAACUGUAUCUGCUAUUGCAGAGUGAAGUUCUCGUCUCCGAAUAAUGUGUAAAAAGUGAUGUUGCUUUUCGGAUGAUGAUAUAUUAGUGUUCUAUAAAAUUUGUCUGAAGUUUUAUCC